CAAAGGAGAACAGGGUAUUAUUUAUUCAAGUUGGGGACUCAGACUGGAGUUGAAGCUGCCAGUUUCGAGGUGACCUACGUGACUGUUUGUGUGCAUCCUGUCCUCCCGGCCAACCCGAGGAGAGGAAGUACAGUAUCUCUGCUGAACUCGACAACAAAUUGUCUGGUGUCUGGACGACUAUUCCAGCCGUGCUAGCUUCCCGGCAAGAGAGAAAGCACAGGGGAUCAGAGCUGGCGGUUUGUCUGUGCACAGAUGAAGCAGGACUGACCUGGCCUUCCAACAAGACUGCACUUUAAAGACCCUCCUCAUCUGCAGGGCACCAGUGCUCCCGCUGCCACACGACCCAGUUUCCUCUGGAGGAAUUCCCUCCCUCUUCCUGCGAAACGCCCCUCCUCGUAAGGCUCUGAAGGAAGGCCAGAGCUGUCUGAGAGUGAAGCUGUGAGCUACAUUUAGCCCAGGGAUGGAGUAAGACAGAGCAGGGUGGUGAUGGGUCUGAUGUAGGGAUCCGGGAGGAAACAUGUGGUGUCUGCAGUGUGCCUCUGACAGGACUCAGUCCUUACUGGAGCUGGAAUCAGACAGCUGUGUGGAAGGUGAUGCUCCAGGCAGCGAGGUGGGCGCCUCUGUGGACCCCAGCAGCGGCUACGGUUGCAUCCCAGUGACCCGCGGUGGUGGGCUAGGGCCCGACCACUUGGACAGUCAGCUAUACGGACACAUCUUCCUGCCCGGCCACCCGCGGCCCCGCCGACCCAAGCUCCAGCACUCCCAGUCUAUCCUCCGCAAGCAGGCAGAGGAGGAGGCUAUCAAGCGCUCCCGCUCGCUGUCAGAGAGCUAUGAGCUCUCAUCAGACCUACAGGACAAGCAGGUGGAGAUGCUAGAGCGUAAAUAUGGUGGGCGUUUCAUAACCCGGCAUGCAGCCCGCACCAUCCAGACAGCCUUCCGCCAGUACCAGAUGAACAAGAACUUUGAGCGUCUUAGAAGUUCUAUGUCUGAGAACCGUAUGUCCAGACGGAUCGUCCUAUCCAAUAUGAGAAUGCAGUUUUCCUUCGAAGGACCUGAAAAAGUCCACAGCUCCUACUUCGAGGGAAAGCAGGUCUCUCUAACAGAUGACGGCACCAAAAUCGGAGCACUGGUGCAGUCAGAGCAUGGUGGGGAAAUGGGCAUGCAGGCCAAGACCCCCACUACACAGAGCGAUUUCACAGACGCUAUCACAGAACUAGAAGAUGCCUUCUCUAGGCAGGUCAAAUCUCUAGCUGAGUCCAUAGAUGAUGCUCUAAACUGUCGUAGUCUGCAUGGUGACGAAAACCAGUCGGAGCCAGGGAGAGGCCACCAGGAUAUGGACAGAGAAGUCAGCUGCCAGGUGAAACCCUCCCAUGGUCCUUCAGAACACCGCAAACUGGACGAGAUGACGGCGUCUUACAGCGAUGUCACCCUUUACAUCGACGAAGAGGAACUGUCACCCCCACUGCCCUUGUCUCAAUCUGUAGACCGGCCCUCCAGCACGGAAUCAGACCUGCGUCAGCGUUCCCUCAACUCUUCCCAGGACUACUGGUCACUGGCUCAUAAGGAUGAGAAAGGGGACACAGACACCAGCUGCCGCAGUACACCAUCUCUGGAGUGCCAAGAGCAGCGCUUGCGGGUAGACCACCUACCCUUACUGACCAUUGAGCCCCCGAGCGACAGCUCGGUGGACCUGAGUGAUCGUUCUGACCGCAGCUCUUUGAAGAGACAGAACGCUUACGAUCGGAGCCUCAGCAACCAGCAGAGUAGCCCCAAACACAUCAGCCACAGCCUGCCACCCCGAGGGCCUUCUAGAGAGGAGGAUGCCACCCGCCAUCGGCCACGACAACUGGAGGCCCAUCUGGCCAUUAACGGCACUGCAAACCGGCAGAGCAAGUCAGAGUCUGAUUUCUCUGACGGCGACAAUGACAGCAUCAACAGCACAUCCAACUCCAAUGACACCAUCAACUGCAGCUCAGAGUCCUCGUCCAGGGACAGCCUGAGGGAGCAAACGCUCAGCAAGCAGACGUACCACAAAGAGACUCGCAACAGCUGGGACUCACCUGCAUUCAGCAAUGACAUAAUCCGCAAGAGGCACUACCGCAUUGGCCUAAACCUCUUUAACAAGAAACCAGAAAAAGGCAUCCAGUAUCUGAUAGAGCGAAACUUUGUUCCAGACACUCCAGUGGGUGUGGCUCACUUCCUGCUCCAGAGGAAAGGCUUGAGUAGGCAGAUGAUUGGCGAGUUCCUGGGUAACAGACAGAAACAGUUCAACCGAGAUGUCCUCGACUGUGUGGUGGAUGAAAUGGACUUCUCAAGUAUGGAGCUGGAUGAAGCACUCAGGAAAUUCCAGGCACACAUCAGAGUGCAGGGAGAAGCUCAGAAGGUUGAGCGGCUGAUAGAGGCCUACAGCCAACGCUAUUGCAUCUGCAACCCUGGUGUGGUGCGACAGUUCAGGAACCCCGACACCAUCUUCAUCCUGGCCUUUGCCAUCAUCCUCCUCAACACGGACAUGUACAGCCCUAACGUCAAGCCUGAGAGGAAGAUGAAGCUGGAGGACUUUGUUAAGAACCUCCGAGGAGUGGAUGAUGGGGAGGACAUCCCCCGAGAGAUGCUGGUAGGGAUAUACGAGCGGAUUCGCAAGCGAGAGCUCAAGACUAAUGAAGACCAUGUGUCCCAGGUUCAGAAAGUGGAAAAACUCAUUGUUGGAAAAAAGCCGAUUGGCUCGUUACACCACGGUCUGGGCUGUGUGCUAUCCCUACCCCACAGGAGAUUGGUCUGUUACUGCAGACUUUUCGAAGUGCCCGACCCCAACAAACCACAAAAGUUGGGCCUGCACCAAAGGGAGAUCUUCCUUUUUAAUGACCUGCUUGUGGUUACAAAGAUUUUCCAAAAGAAGAAGAAUUCUGUGACGUACAGCUUUCGGCAGUCCUUCUCACUUUAUGGCAUGCAAGUGCUGCUAUUUGAGAAUCAGUAUUAUCCCAAUGGAGUACGUCUGACCUCUGCCAUUCCUGGAGCUGACAUCAAAAUCCUCAUCAACUUCAAUGCACCCAAUCCUCAGGACCGCAAAAAGUUUACCGACGAUUUGCGAGAAUCUAUUGCUGAAGUCCAAGAGAUGGAGAAGUACCGGAUAGAAUCUGAGCUAGAAAAACAGAAGGGGAUGGUGAGGCCCAGCAUGUCCCAGAGUUCAGGGUUAAAGAAGGAGACUGGCAACGGCAACCUGAGCCGAGCAAGCCUUGACGACAGCUACGCCAUUGGUGAAGGUUUGAAGAGGAGCGCCCUCAGCAGCUCCCUACGUGACCUCUCAGAUGCAGGCAAGCGUGGGAGACGCAGCAGUGCAGGAUCACUAGACAGCAAUAUGGAAGGGUCCAUCAUUAGCAGUCCUCACAUGCGGCGGAGAACCCCCCCCAGCCGAGACUGCCCAUCCCGUCACAGCGGCCAGUCCCUGCCCAACUCCUCUUCACUGCUCGGAUCUCUGUUUGGCACCAGGCGGGUGAAGUCCCCCAGCCCCACCCCGCAGGCCCUGCACCCCACCCUCAUCUCCCACACCCCUCACCCGGCCAACCUGCACCACACGGCCCGGGUGGAGACAGACACGCCAGGCUCCAUGCACCACGCCCAGUUCUGCCACGUGACCCAGAACCCCCCGCCUUACCACCACCACCACCACUACCACCCCCACCACCACGGCCCGCCUCCGGCGCCCUCCCAGGCGGCCAGCAGCACCAAGCCCAAGCACAGCGGUAUCAGUACGGUGGUCUGAGGCACACAGGGGCUCCCCGGGCUCUCUGACUGAACUUUGAUUUCACUCCGAGGCUCUUGGCUGACGAGGCGGUCGCACUGUGCAUCGGUGGUCUGGGGAUUUGAAGCCAGACGAGAUCCUGUGCCUCCUUCAGCAUUUUUUGUUACGCUUGUUGCUAGGCCAGUUUAUUCAACAUAAACACAUUUCUUUUCCUGGUUGCUCCUUUCGUUUCUGUUCAGGUCAUAAGUCAGCCUGCUUCAAGAGCAACAGUCAAAAACACAAGAGCAUGCACAAAGACCACAACUACUGUUUCUCCUUAGUCAAUUAAAGGAACAUGAUCAAAUAUCUUGCUUACUAGUAUUUUACAGACAAAGUAAAUAGUAAUCUUGACUUUAAUGUCUACAAAGUGAUUUUAUCUAGUUUGAGGGUGGUUUGACGGACAGACAGACAGCCAGUCAUCCUCAACAGUAGCUGUACGAGUAUUUAAUGUAGCGGUAGCUCACAGUACACUGUGAUGUCUCUGUUAGCAGUGAUAAAUGUGCCAAUUAUUGAAGCAUUUACCAAUUUAGUCACAACAAAUGCUUUAUGUAUAUUGUGCAUAGUAUUUUGUAAAAUAACAAUAUCAACUGUUAUUAUUAUAAUUAUUACAGAACAAAUGGCAUCAAUUAAAACUCGCACAUAGGUGGCGUAGUUUCACUGUUAAGAACACAAUCAAAGCUUAAUAGUUAAUAGGCAGUUCAGUAAGCUGGAACACUACUGUGUAUGGUUGCCUUUGAGUUAGGACUCUGUGAGGAUUGUCGAGGGUCGGUGUGGACUUGCACACCGGCCUGCGUACGGUCUCAUCCUCUGCACUUGUGUUUGGUUUCGGAGUCGUCGCUCCCGCUCUGGAAAAAGGAAGCCACAGCGAGCUGCUGAGCAAACAGAUUCAUCUGAAUGUCCGCCCUUCAGUACUGGCUGCUUGUCCACCAUCAUUUUAUUUUUUUAACUAUUUUUUUAGAGUCCAAUAAACAAUAUAUAACGCUCUGUGUGUUGCAACCUGGUAGUCCACUCUUCAGGAGGGAGGAGGAGGAGGAGCUGUUUUGUUUUCAUGGAAACUGAAGGAGUCUGUGCAAACUGUGUAGCAGGGAAAACAGCAACGUGACUGUUUUAAGUGUCUCUCCUGACGUGGAAGCUCUCAGCUGGCUGAGUGUGCCCUGUCCCUCUUUUGGUUUGUGUGUCUCUCGAGGCAGCGGGUGUGUCGUGCGGCGUCGUGCACUCCCUCUGUCGGACCUUCCCUCGGAGCCACAGGGACGUCACAGUGCAAAAAUCAAUAAUUAUCAUUCUGUGAUGGUGGCAGCGUUCUUGUGCUCAGCUCACCACAAAUGGCAGUUUUUAUAUCAAUCAUCUUUCUGACAUAUUAUGGGAUGGCUGGUUGUACCUGCCAGCCAUCCUGUGCACAGUAUCUGCCGUGUGCAGAGCGGAGGCAGGGGGCUGGUGUGCUGGAGCAUAUUUUCUGUUGGAAGUGAUAGACACAGCACUUGUUCUACUUAGUUAAUAUCAAUGGCAGAGGUUAGUCUGUAUCUGCUUCAAGACUAUGAGAUGGAUUUUCUUUUUUACUUGUAUGUGCAAUAUGUAUUCACUUUUUUCGUCUAAGAGCAAUUGCAAUCUGGUGGUUGUUCCAUUUUGUUAGUUCUGUUAGUUUUGUCCCCCCCCCCCCNNNNCCCAACGUCCUUCCUCAUUUUCUCCUCAAUGUCUCAGUGAAGUGCAAGUAUCCACAUGGAUUUGGAGGGACUGGACCUUCCACACUGAUAAAGAAUGUCAAAGAAAAUAAUUGCAUGUAACAAUGUAUUUCGAGACUAUAUUUUCUAACUAUUGUGUAUUCCCAAACUAUAUCAGUGUUACAGUCGACAGUUGUUAGAAAUGAAUGGUAGAAUAGGUGUGACUUCUUCAAUUACAACUAACUGAAGUCAACUAUGUGUUUAUGUCACUCCAGAGGAAAUCUGUAUCUUUUCCUGAUCCACAUUCAAUAGUCUACUGGAUCUUUAGUGUAUACAGCAGUAGUUAAAGCUGGGUGUUAUCGCAGCUGUGAGAGGAAAGGUAGAAUGACACUGGACAGACAGCUAUGAGUGGACCUCCUUUAUCUUCAUAUUUAUCAUCUGUCUCUGUCAAUGGCUCGCACCUUACUGUUGUCAAGUGAUGUCCAGUAGAUUGGUAUUCUUAAAUACUUCUUUCCUCAAGGUUCAAGUUUUCAAGGCAGCACUUUCUACUACAGUACCCUUUAUAAAGGCUUUAUACUGUAUGUUGUAACUAAUGUAAUUGAUUAAUAAUGUUAUUUAACUUUAUUAAUGGUUAAUAAUAGGGGUGCAAUCUGGCCAAAAAAUAA